AUGUGGGUAGACAGAGGCAAAGGGAGAAAGAUCAUCCAGAUCCAUGGCGGCCGGAGGCGUGUGGGUGUUCCGGAAGGACGGGGUGAUGGAGCUGAAGAGCGCCGAGGUGCAGCCGUCGGCGGCGCCGGCGCCGAGCAAGAAGGCGCUGGUGUACGUGCCGGCGAACGAGAUGAUGCGGUCGCUGGAGGCGCUGGAGCAGCGGCUGGGGUCGCUGGGCUGGGAGCGCUACUACGAGAACCGAGACAUCGUGCAGCUCCACCGGCGCGACGGCGGCGUCGACCUCAUCGCCCUCCCGCGAGACUUUGCCAGGUUCCGGUCCACACACAUGUACGACGUCGUCGUCAAGAACAGGCACCACUUCAAGGUCGUCGACAUCUAGACAUGCAUCUUUCUGGUUCAUGUUUUGGUCGAAUCUGAUUGCGGUACUGGAUGUUGCUCUAUCCUCCUUAGAGUCGUGGCGGGGUUUUGGAUGAUGCUAGGUUUUCGCCUCAUACCCUUGUAUUCCUGAUGACAGGCGCAAGGCGGUGGGUUUCCUAGCAUUGCUCUGAGCUCGCUUCUCUCUCUUUCCCUUUUUCUCUUUGGUCUCGGAACAAAUCAAUGUAUUUCCGUUAUGCAUUUAAUGGAAAGGGGAGAAGCCCAGUUCAAAAAAAAAAUCUAAACAUGCAUCAUGCAUUUACCUACUUAUUACUUUCCCCGGCCAAGCUUGGAAGUCGGUUUUGCAAAUAAGCGCACGUGCAUAAUGGUGUGCGUGUCCUACUAUAUGAGUGAUCGAUUGUACUGCUAAUAGUUUCUGUGUAACAUAUGAUGAUGUUUUUGUA